UCGCCGAGCUCCGCGUGGGGUCGCCAUCGCUGCAACAUUCAGUGGCGCCCGCCCGCUCCAUUAUUCAAGAUGCGCGACCCCCAAAUCUAAUUCACACGGCGCGCGCUGGACACCGCAAGGACACGGAAGCACACACACACGUACACACGUACACACACACACGCACACACACACGUACACACGUACACACACACACACGUACACACACACACACGCACGUACACACACACGUACACACACACACGUACACACGCACACACGUACACACACACGCACGUACGCACGUACACACACGCGCACACAUACGUACGCACGUACACACACACGCACACACACGUACGCGGCGUACAGCAGAACUGGUAUUCUAAUUGUUUUCCCGUUUAAACAAUUAAAAUCCGGCACACACACAUACACACACACACAGACGUGUUUGCGUUAAACGAAAAUGGCCACCCUCCUGCGCAAAAUCGGCUUCAGCCGCCUGCGUCCGCCCGUCGUGACGCGCAGCCCGAAGGUGUCCAGGAAGGGCAUGGUCAGCGUGGACGUGUUGAGGGCGAACAGCAUCAGCAGCAGCAGCACCGGCGGAGCACAGCGGCAUCAGCAGCAGCAACAGCAUCAUCAGCAGCAUCAACAGCAGCAGCAUCUCGCGGGCGUUCUCAACGAUUCCGGUACCAAGGACAGCGCCUCGGACACCAAGAAACAGCAACAGCAGCAGCAGCAAAAUCAUCAUCAUCAGCAGCAUCAUCAGCAGCAGCAGCAUCAUCAUCAGCACCAUCAGCAGCACCAUCAUCAGCAGCAGCAUCCGCGCGCGGCAGCAUCAGCAUCAUCAGCCGCGAGCUCCAGCCACUGCCGCCAGGUGCGCGCCCGCCGCCUCAUGAAGGAGCUGUCCGAGCUGAGCCGCCUCGGCCACGAGGUGCUCAGCGUGGAGCUCGUGGGCGAGAGCCUCUUCGAGUGGAACGUCACCCUGCGGCAGAUCGACCUCGAGUCGGCCCUGUGGCAGGACUUGCGCGAGGCGGGCGCCGACGGCGUCCUCCUCAACCUGACCUUCCCCGAGAGCUUCCCCUUCUCGCCGCCCUUCAUGCGCGUGCUCAGCCCGCGCAUCGACAACGGCUUCGUGCUGGACGGCGGCGCCAUCUGCAUGGAGCUGCUCACGCCCAAGGGCUGGUCCAGCGCCUACACCGUGGAGGCGCUCGUAAGGCAGUUCGCCGCCAGCCUCGUGAAGGGGCAGGGGCGAAUCAGCCGCAAGAAGAAGGCGUUCACGAGAAAGGAGGCGCAUGCGACGUUCCGUAGCCUCGUGAAGACCCACGAGAAAUACGGAUGGGUCACUCCGCCGUCCUCCGACGGAUAGAAGUCGCCUUGACCUCUUGACCUCGCCUCUCGUGGUGUCCAUCGUUGAGUUGGCUCUGGCUCCCCACCACACCACCACCACCAACCCACCCACCCUCACUUGCUAUCGGUCAUUAACGAAGCCGCCGCCGCGACACCCUUCGGCGUGGUGAGUGUUGUUGGGACCGUGAGUGAAUAGAAUUACA